UUUUCUUUUUGGUUAAAACUGUAAAUAUCAUUAGCUAGAUUUCUACUUCAUCCUCCAUUUUGCCCAAGCCGUCUCCUGUUAUCUUGACGUUCAGACUUCGACGAAGAAGCGACACAAAGUGAAAAUCCCCCCCAAAAAUCUGCAUUUGUCUGAGAACAAAAAAAAGUAAAAGGAUGCACUUCCUUUAAAAUGUCUGUUAACGUCAAAACUGAACUUUGUUACAUUACACAUUUAUACUAUAAACCUUCAAUGAAAUUUAAGGAUUGUGUUCAUUAAGAAUAUACAGAAUAUUUAGUUUUGUCAACUAAAAUAUUUUCAUAUCUUUCCCUCUCUUGUCUGUGGUCCCCACAUGCUUUAAAACGUCCACCAAUGUGCCUAUAUAUGUGCCUGUAUCAAGUUCUGUUCUUUUUGUUGUGUUGUUAGUAUAGCUGGUAAUGUUAAUCAGAGGUGGGUAGUAACGUGAUACAUUUACUCGAGUAACUUUUUGGGAAAAAAUUUACUUUUAGAGCAGGGUUAAAAGUGGGUACUUUUUACACAAGUAAAUCUCUCAUAAAAAAAAAUACAUUUACUUCAUUACAAUGAGUGGCUUCCUGUCGUUACAUUUCUGGGUUUAAUUUUAAUAAAUGCGUAAUUUAUUGAGAGAUUAUUGAAUGGGACUUUUAUGACAGCAGAAGUUCACACAGCUGCGCACGCUGUAACAAACUGUCACUAGGGAUGGGCAGAUCGAUUCUAAAGUAUCAAUACUUCUGAUAUUGAUGUGAUAUUAAGAAUAUCAAUCCUCACAUAAAAUUAUCGAUUCUGAAGUUUUUGUUAUUUCAACUAGUGAUCUUAUUAUUUAGAUAACAUGAAUAGUAAUGCAUCUCAUAAGCUUUAAAAUUGGAAAAAAAGAAUUAUAUUAGCGAAUAGUUGCAUGGCAACUGAACUGUUUUUUCUUCCACUCAUUUUGACGUGCCAGAAAUACUAAAAUACACUAGCAGUCAAACAGCACUCACCCUUUCAGUCAUAGCACUCAUUCAAAUAGGGAGCAGUGCUUUCCUGAGGUAAUGACAGAAAAACAGCAUCUGGAGUUAUUCACAAUAAGUAAUGACAAACCUAGCCGUGGCACAUUAUAAUGGACUUGUGUGACAAUUUGUACAGGUUUAUUUAAAUUCAGAGUUGUUAAAACACUGAUAAUGAUCUGUAAUCUUCGUAAUUAAAUUAUACCUGUCACGAUUCACUGUUGUUUGCCUUGUGUUUUGCCCUGUCAUCUGUUCCCCCUGGACUACACUUCCCAUAAUCCCCUGCCCUGAUCACUUCCAGCUGUUACCUAUUUUUCUCACCUGUGUGUCAUUUACCUCAUUUAUCCCUGUAUAUAUAUUGCCCUGUAGUCUAUGUAACCUUUGUCAGUUGUUAUAUGUAUAUGAGUUUUGACCUCCUGUUUAUUGACCAGUUCCUAUCGUUGAUGUUACCUUUGUUCCUGUUUUUUCCCCUCAUGGAAGUUUUCUUUGUUCCUGUGUUUACCCCGUUAUUUUGUACUUUGUUUAUUUAUUUAUUAUUAAAGUUUGCCCCACUUAGAUUCCGCUCUCGUGACCUCCUUCCUACGUUACAGAACAGCUGACUGCAAAAAAAUUGUAUCUAGCGGCAUACUUCAUGCAACUGAGCCAGGUGGCUUUAUCUAUAAGGAGUACUCUCAUUUCUUCUCCACCGUUGCCAUCCACACAGGAUUUGAUGAUGAAAACCUGAAAUCCAUUUACAGAAUCGGACUCCCAGCAUGCCGGUGGAGGGAAUUGCCGGAGACUGGAGACUACACAUGGGAGGAAUAUGUAAAGAUAAUCUUAGAGACACUCGCUUCAGAAGAUCCUCCUCUCUCAAUCCUGUUUCCGGUUUCUGAGUCUUCCACGCCUGAGUCCGCUCCACUUCAUGUCAAGUUCAAGUGGUUUUUUAUUGUCAUUCAACCAUACACAGUUAGUACAGUACACAGCGAAACGAGGACAACGUUCCUCCAGGACCAUGGUGCUACAUAAAACAACAUAGGACAAAUACAGAACCACAUGAGACUACACAGACUGAAUAAGACCUACACAUUCCUACAUAAAGUGCAUGUGCAAAUGUGUGCAAAAAGUACAGGACAGUACAAUAAUUACUAAAAAGGAAACAAGACAAUAGGCACAGUGAGAGACAGUGCAGCGCCGACCAGUACGCAUUUCUAAUCUGAGUAGUGCAAAAAGAUGACACUUCCUAAAAAAGCCGAAUGUAAACAUAACAUACUAUGAAAUAGUGUUCUAUGUACAUAGCAGUUAUUGAGGUAGCAGCCAGGUAUAAAGUGUCACACCAACACCUCAGCCUGCUCCAUACCAUGUCACAGCCAUGUCCGAGUUUGCUCCAAGCCAUGUCACAGCCAUGCCUCCGUCUGCUCUGUACCCUGUCACAGUCACGCCACAGUCAGCUCCACGCCAUGUCACAGCCACGCCCGAGUCUGCUCCAUGUCACUUCACAGUCAAUCCUGAAUCUGCUCCACGCCAGGUCACAGCCAAGCCUCUCACGGCCACUGUCUCCAAGCUGAAUGAUCCGCCAUUGAUAUUGGUGCGUUGGGCCACAAGAACCCUCCCUCACAAAUUAUCAGUGCCCACGCCUGCCACGGCCAAGGAGCCAGAAGCCUCAUCCGUCCCGGAGCCAGCAUUGCCUGUCUCAUCCGUCCCGGAGCCAGCAUUGCCUGUCUCGUCUGUCCCGGAGCCAGCAUUGCCAGCCUCAUUCAUCCCAGAGCCAACGUUGCCUAUGUUGGCCGCCUGGAGGAGGAGAAGAAAGGCUUCCGUUUCCAAGUCUCUGCCCAUGCCCACGACCACAGAGGUCAUUUCCAAGUCUCUUCCCAUGCACACGACCAUGAAGGUCGUUCCUGAGUCUCUGUCCAUGCCUACGACCACAGAGGUCAUUUCCAAGUCUCUUCCCGUGCACACGAUCACAGAGGUUGUUUCCAAGUCUCUGCCAGUGUUCACAACCACAGAGGUUAUUCCUGAGUCUCUGUCAGUGUUCAUGACCACAGAGGUCGUUCCCGAGUGUCUGCCGGUAUUCACGACCACAGAGGUCGUUCCCGAGUCUCUGGCAGUGUUCAUGACCACAGAGGUCAUUCCCGAGUCUCUGCCGGUGUUCACGACCGCAGACGUCGUUCCCGAUUCUCUUCCGGUGUUCAUGACUACAGAGUUCGUUCCCAAGUCUCUGCCCAUGCUCAUGACCACGGAGGUCGUUUCCCAGUCAUCUAGGACUCUUAUUCUCAAGCAUUCCACGUGUCCGCCCCUUGAGCCUCCCACGGCUCCGCCUUCCACAGCUCCGCCCUACGAGUCUUCCACGGCUCCAGUUCCUAGUCUGUGGUCACCUCCCAGGCCUCCUGACCCUGGCUGUAGUCUGUGGCCACUUCCCAGGCCUCCUGACCCUGUCUCUAGUUUGUGGCAGCCAACCAGGCCUCCUGAUCCAGUCCCUACCCUUAGGUGGUCUCCCUGGUCUCAUGGCUGUCUGCCUGAUCUUCCCUGGUCUCCUUGGUCUCCUGACCGUCCGCCUGAUCUGCUCUGGUCUCCUUGGUCUCUCGGCCGUCCGCCUAAUCUGCUCUGGUCUUCUGGGUCUCCUGGCCAUCCGCUUGAUAUACUCUGGUCUCCUGGCCAUCCGCCUGAUAUACUCUGGUCUCCUGGGUCUUCUGGCCAUCCACCUGAUCUGCUCUGGUCUCCUGGGUCUCCUGGCCAUCCGCCUAAUCUGCUCUGGUCUACUGGGUCUACUGGCCUUCCGCUUGAUAUACUCUGGUCUCCUGGCCAUCCACCUGAUCUGCUCUGGUCUCAUGGCCAUCCACCUGAUCUACUCUGGUCUGAGUCUCCUGGUCAUCUGCCUGAUCUGCUCUGGUCUCAUGGCUGUCCGCCUGAUCUGCCCUGGUCUCUCAGCCGUCCGCCCAAUCUGCUCUGGUCUCCCUGGUCUUCCGGCCCUUCACCAGGUCUGCUCUGGUCUCUUUGGUCUAUGGCUUCAUCUUGGUCCUGCCUCCCUUACCAGCCUUCCUUGGGUGUCAGGAGCCACCCAUUAGAGGGGGGGCUAUGUCACGAUUCACUGUUGUUUGCCUUGUGUUUUGCCCUGUCCCCUGCCCUGAUCACUUCCAGCUGUUCCCUAUUGUUCUCACCUGUGUGUCAUUUACCUCAUUUAUCCCUGUGUGUAUAUAUAUUGCCCUGAUGUCUAUGUAACCUUUGUUAUAUGUAUAUGAGUUUUGACCUGCUGUUUAUUGACUAGUUCCUAUCAAUGAUGUUACCUUUGUUCCUGUGUUUACCCCAUUAUUUUGUACUUUGUUUAUUUAUUUAUUAUUAAAG